AUGGAGAAGCCCCCAACACAGAAGACCUUCGCAUAUUCCACGCCUGAUCCUGCUUGGCGGUCCUCCCCGAGAUACCAAGACAUCCGAGAUGAACUCAUAGCUUUGAGAACCAAACGCUUUCUGCCCGACAGGCUUAGGGCUGGCCUGACUUUCGCUGAUUUCAAAGCCCAGCUCGUGAACUUCAAGGACAAGUACGACGGAAGGGUUGAGACUGAAGGCUACGAAAGCGCGGAGGGCCAGAAAGCCAACACUGUACGAUGGUUCUGGGGGCACCACAUGUGGUUUGGAGCCGGGCAGGAUAAGUUUGAAGUCAACGACCACAUGGGCGACAAAUGGAUUGAAGACAUGCUGGCCUGGAUUGUAGGCUAUAGCUUGAGUUUGGAAAGCUUCCAGGGUGCCCAGGUACUCGACAUUGGAACCUGGACAGGAUCUACGACCUACAUCCUGGCUGCCCUGGGCGCUGGCCGCGUCGUUUCUGUGGAGGAGGCAGUGAAAUACUCCAUGUUUACUCGCUUCGUCUCGGACUCCUACCAGUUGCCUGUGCAAGCUGUUGCACGCAGCCUCUAUGAGCUGGAAAUUGAGGCUCUGCACGAGGCUUUCGACAUCGUGUACUUUCCAGGUGUUCUGUAUCACUUGUCCGAUCCCCUGCUGGCCCUCCGCAUCCUCUACAACCGGCUGAAGAUCGGUGGAAUCAUCAUCGUGGAGACGGAGGUUCCCGUGGCCAAAGUGGAUCUCAGCUACGGGCCGAACAGAGGCGCAGCCAACAAGCUUUUCGCUUGCAGCCCGGACGUGCUUCGGGAGUGGUUGGAGGAUGCUGGGUUCACAUCCAUCGUCACGGGCACCCUGCGGCGUGCCGAGGCGAUUGCAAAGAAGGAGAAACAUCAACCCAUGAGGCAUCUCCCGCAGGGACAUCUGCUAGUGGUGCGGGAAGCGAACUUGAUGAAAGAUGAGGAAGUCGUGAUCACCGAAGCUCACGCUUCAUCCCGAAGCUCUGUCGUGACCACCGUGGUGACCACCACGGAAGCUCCCUUUCCUUCGCCAUUGUUUUCGGCGGAUUCCCUGAAUGCGGCAGCAAGAGUGUGGCAAUCCACGAGCCGCAACUACGAUUGGUGCUAUCCUGGCAUCUGGGACGGGCCGGAAAAGUCGGAUGUUGGCCUGAUCUACAUCAAGAUCCCCAAGACCAGCUCCUCAACGAGUGUGGCCAUCAAUGCGCACAUCGCCCACCAGGUUGGGAGACGCGUCUUGCCGUCCAGAGCAGCCAAAAGCGCAGAUCACGUGUGCGGGCAUUCGCAUGACCACUUCAAAGCCCAGACGGUGCGCAGACGCAACACCAGCCUGAUCUGGACAAUCUUGCGUGACCCGGCACGGAGGUGCGUUUCGGAGUUCAAUCACUUCAAUGUCGCUCGAAGGGGCGAGAAUUACAGUGACUUGAGGCUCCUGGAAUUCAUGAAGAGCUCUUGCCCAUGCCUCGAAAUCGACUACACUGCAAUUGGGGCUUUGGAACUGUGCCAGGCACAGAACGUGCAGAACCCUCUCGCAGAAAUCUGGCAGCACAUCUUGCGGCAUUACAACUUCAUUGGCAUCUUGGAGCGCCGCUGGGAAUCACUGGCACUGAUGAAGAUCUUGUGGAAACUGGAGACUUCGGACCUAAUCGUUUUGGAUUCGAAGCGCUCUGGCGGCUAUGACGAUGGCAAGUACGAAAAUAAGUGCUUCAAGAUUCCAGUUGCUAAAACUUUUACAGCCAUGAGCAGCACCGUCCGCAGCUACCUCAGCCAUGACUUUCUUCGCCGAAAUCACGACUACGCGCUUUACGCGCUGGCGAACCGAUCUUUGGACUUGACCAUUGACGCUGUCGGGCGCGACAUGGUCAACGAGGAGAUACUGAGACUACGUGCAGCACAAACCUACGCUGAAGAUAUGUGCCAAGACAAGGCCAUCUUCCCUUGCUCAUCCAAUGGAACCUCUCAGGCGGAUCUUGCACGUGCAAACUGCUACUACGGCGACAACGGGUGCGGACAUCCGUGCAUCGCGGAACUCUUCGACCGCACAACCAUUCCUGCGAAAUAUUUCCGUUCAGUCAUUGAGGAUGGUGAAAAAGGUCGGAUUCAUCUCGUCUCCAAAAAUCGGAUUAGCUUGUUUCGGAACUCAGCCGUUAAAGUCCAGAGACCCUUUAAACUUUCGAUGUGA